UCUUCUGCACGGUGAGGAGGAGGAGCGGCUCGGAUAUGGGGCGUCGGCGCCGAUGGCAUGCCGGCAGCAGCGCGAAGGCGGGAGCUUUACGGGCCCACGAGGGCUCGGCCGGGCCUGUGGGCCCAUGGGCCUGGUGUGCUCCUGCUAUUGCGUCCGGACGGCUACCGUCACGGACGGUGGAGGUGGGGCCCUCCCGCGUGCCCAUGGUGCUGAUGCCCUAGUCCCGACUCUGAUUCUUCGCCGCGCUGUCCCCACUUCACGGUGUCGUGGUGAGACGGCGUGGGGGCCUCAUGACCGCGUUGGCGCAGGGUGGUGGUUGGUUUGAUGGCUGGACCCGGAUCGCCCGAGGUGCGGGUUGGGAUCGGGGGAAACCCCUGUCGGCGGGGUCGACACCAGCGUGGUGGCGCAUGUGGGUGCCACCUGACCUUCCGGGAGGGCGUUGGGGGCUACCCUUCCUCUCGCCUCGUAAUGUACUGGGGGAAACCCUUGGCAGCAGCGUUGUCAUCGGCGCGAUCCUUCUUGGAGGUGUUGAUAGGUGCCGGCGCUUCGGAGUUUUGGAGUCUAGUGAAAGAUCCCGGUGGGCGCAGCGAUUGCGAGGCUUCUUCGUUUUUGUUGAUCCGCCGUUGUCGGCAUUUGUUUUCUUUUGUUCUUUCUCUGUCGUUUCUUUUGGACGUGACUGUGCUGCUUCCACCCCAGCAUCUAUGCAUGUAUGGUUCGGUUGGUUGCUUUGUAUACAAAGCGGAGGAAAACCCUUUUUCGGUAAUACACACCCGGGAACAUAGCAAAAGCCAUAGUCCUUUGGGUAAUAUCCUCCAAGAUCUGAUGAACUAUGUCAAUAUAUGUUAGCCUCUUUUCAUAUAAUAAAAGAACAGAGAAGGCUUCGAAUCAUCACGUGUGAAGCCUUGUGGACGUUUCUAAACAUGACUAAUCUUGAAUAACAAGUGUCAUGUCAUGCAUUGCUUCCUAGUCUGCUUUUUACUCCAUUUGUCUCAAAAUAAGUGUUAUCAAUUUAGUAUAACUUUGUAUUUAUUUUGGAACGAACAGAGUAUUUGUUUCAGCAACAACCACUCAAAUUUUCAGCAAACUGCUAUUGUAUUUAUCAAAUUUUGCUGGCACGCCGGAAUACACGAGAGGAAAUACGCCGGAAUAGCCCAGAGGAAAUAUCCUGUGUACGUAGUAGUUUGGAAAGCCACUAGUUGCAAAUAUCCAUUUGGAGUUCAGAAGCAUGGUACCACAUGUCCACGUGGCUGUUAAAAUCCACGAGCACGGUCCUGGUGGUAGGGAAAAUAUCAGGUGGCUCACGGGAGUUCAUAUCACGGGAGCACCAAAGCUCCCAAAUCACCUGAUACUCUCUAUUUGCCAAGAGGACGGCAAGAGGCGGGGGCAAAUGGACGGAGGCCAGUCGCCGCGGCCUCAGCAGCACCACCGCAUGCCGGAGCGGGAGGGCAACAACAACUACGACGUUGAGGGCAUGGACGGUGCAGCAGAAGGGGAUUGGUGGCAGAACAGUUCUUCUAACGCGCUGCUUCGGUACGACGACCGCGGGAGCGCAUGCGAGCCGCUCAUGCGGAAGCGCACCAUCAACACCACCUCCCAGAUCGCCAUUGUUGGCGCCAACAUUUGCCCCAUCGAGAGCCUCGACUAUGAAGUUGUGGAGAACAACCUUUUCAAGCAAGACUGGCGGUCAAGAAAGAAGAAGCAGAUAUUUCAGUACAUUGUUAUGAAGUGGACUUUGGUGCUUCUAAUCGGCCUGUUGACUGGACUUGUUGGCUUCUUCAAUAACCUUGCAGUCGAAAACAUUGCUGGCUUAAAAUUGCUAAUCACAAGUGACCUUAUGCUCAAGCAAAGGUAUUUCACUGCAUUUUUGGCAUAUGGAGGUUCCAAUCUAGUCUUGGCAGCAGCAGCUGCAGCAAUAUGUGCUUACAUUGCACCUGCAGCUGCUGGAUCUGGUAUUCCUGAAGUUAAAGCAUAUCUUAAUGGAGUUGAUGCCUAUUCCAUACUGGCUCCUAGUACACUCUUUGUGAAGAUAUUUGGUUCAAUACUUGGAGUUUCAGCUGGAUUCGUACUUGGAAAGGAAGGUCCAAUGGUACAUACGGGAGCGUGCAUUGCAAACUUACUUGGUCAGGGAGGGUCACGCAAGUACCAUCUUACAUGCAAUUGGCUAAGAUAUUUCAAGAAUGACAGGGAUAGGCGGGAUUUGAUUACGUGUGGGUGCGCAGCUGGAGUGGCCGCUGCCUUCCGCGCACCUGUUGGUGGCGUCCUGUUUGCUCUUGAGGAAGCAGCAUCAUGGUGGCGAAGUGCUCUUUUAUGGAGAGCAUUCUUUACAACUGCUGUUGUUGCUGUCGUGUUGAGGACUCUGAUUGAGUUCUGUCGCAGUGGAAAGUGUGGUCUCUUUGGGCAAGGUGGAUUGAUUAUGUUUGAUCUAAGUUCAACUGUUGCAACCUAUAGUAGUCCGGAUCUACUUGCAAUAAUUCUCCUUGGAAUAAUUGGUGGUAUAUUCGGAGGCCUCUUCAACUUUCUCUUGGAUAAAAUUCUUCGUAUUUAUAGUAUUAUCAAUGAGAGAGGUGCUCCGUCCAAGAUCCUUCUCACUAUAAUAGUAUCAGUUAUCACAUCAAUGUGCUCGUAUGGCCUCCCUUGGCUUGCUUCGUGCACUCAAUGCCCUGAGGAUGCCGUGGAGCAAUGUCCUACCGUUGGUCGCUCUGGCAACUAUAAGAACUUUCAGUGCCCACCAGGGUAUUACAAUGGUAUGGCAUCACUUUUCUUCAAUACAAACGAUGAUGCCAUACGCAAUCUUUUCAGCACUGGAACCGCAACCGAGUACCACAUGUCUAGUCUUUUCAUCUUCUUCAUCGCAAUUUACUGCCUUGGACUUGUAACUUAUGGAAUUGCCGUCCCAUCUGGUCUCUUCAUCCCUGUUAUCCUUGCCGGAGCCACAUACGGUCGAAUAGUGGGCACGCUCUUAGGAUCCAUAUCAAGUCUUGACCCUGGACUUUUUGCGCUUCUUGGUGCGGCGUCUUUUCUCGGUGGGACAAUGAGAAUGACUGUGUCUGUCUGUGUGAUCCUUCUAGAACUCACCAAUGAUCUACAAAUGCUCCCUUUGGUCAUGCUUGUUCUUCUAAUAUCGAAGACCAUAGCGGAUAACUUUAACAAAGGGGUUUAUGAUCAGAUAGUGGUAAUGAAAGGUUUGCCGUACAUGGAGGCUCAUGCUGAACCGUACAUGAGACAUUUGGUUGCUGGUGAUGUUGUGUCUGGUCCACUAAUCACCUUUUCAGGUGUUGAGAAGGUAGGGGACAUUGUUACCGCGUUGAGGAUCACAGGCCACAAUGGAUUUCCAGUGGUUGAUGAGCCACCUCUAACAGAAGUGCCUGAGUUGGUUGGGCUUGUGAUCAGGUCUCAUCUAUUGGUUUUGCUGAAAGGCAAGAUGUUCAUGAAGGAGCCAGUGAAAAUGAGUGGUAGCUUUGUUAUGGAAAGAUUUGGUGCCUUUGAUUUUGCUAAGGCAGGGUCAGGGAAGGGUUUGAAAAUUGAGGAUCUACAUUUCACUGAUGAGGAGAUGCAAAUGUAUGUUGAUCUCCAUGCAAUUGCAAACACCUCGCCAUAUACGGUGGUUGAGACAAUGUCACUAGCAAAAGUUGCACUCCUAUUCCGAGAACUGGGAUUGAGGCAUCUCUUGGUUGUUCCAAAGACCCCAGACAGGCCUCCCAUUGUUGGAAUUCUCACAAGGCAUGAUUUUGUGGCGGAACAUAUCCACGGCCUGUUCCCUAGUCUCAAUCCUCACAACUUUCAUUCAGCCUCAAUGGGAGGUUGAUUGUGAUUUUUUUUGUUUCUUCUCAUUUACAAAAAUCAUACAAAUCUUAUGUACAUCAAUAAGAUUGCGCUUUUGUAAUAAUAAUGUGGCCACAUGGUUGGACGUCUGCCUAGUGCCAAAAGGUCAAGGAAGUUGGUGAACUGAUGACAGGGAAGCCGGCAACCCUAGUUUUCUAUUGUGAGCCUAUGGCAGGAAUCGUUGUGCCAACUAUAGACUAAACAUUCAAAACCCUGGAACUCAAAAAAUAAGCAUACAUGCUAAAGUUUCUACAACA